GCUCGUUCUAAACGCAGCUUGUAUGUUGUUGAGAUCAAGCAAGAGACAUGGAUUCUAAUGACUUGCCUGAAAACCAUCUGAUCUGGUCGAAGAAGAACUCUAGCAGAAAUGGUUGGCGUUGGUUUUUGGCGGGAACGCUCCUUAACCUUACUAUAACAUCACUUAUUGUUGGGUCGAUGCUGUUCUAUGUUCACGAAGAACUACAGUCUGUUAAGGGCCAGUUACUUUCACAUGAAGACCGAUUGUUUAUCUUGGAAAAACAUGUCACCACAAACGACGCCACUCAGCAACAAGGCACUCCUACUCCCGAAGUGAAUGGUCAGACUUCGAAUACAGCCCAACUGCGAAUACGGAGAGAUCAUGAACCACAUAAUAUGUCUACUGAGAACGGCCAUGCUGAGGGGAAUAUGACGUUUCAAUCAGGAUUUCAUACUUCCCAAACUGAUCCACUUGGACUAUACUCUCCAGUUUCAACUUGCCGGGACGGAAAAGAUGGGAAGGAUGGCAGAGACGGUCGUGACGGGAGGGAUGGAAGGGACUGCCGCCCGGGACAACCCGCUACACCCAUUGGACCGGGACAACCCGGUGAGCCAGGACCACCCGGUGAAACAGGACUUCCUGGUGGGCGUGGACCACCCGGUAAACAAGGACCAAGUGGUGAGCCAGGACCAACUGGUGAGCGCGGAUCAACUGGUGAGCCAGGUCAAACUGGUGAGCCAGGACUAUCCGGUAUAGCAGGAAAAUCUGGUAUCAGAGGACCACGUGGUGAGCCAGGACCAACUGGUGAGCGCGGAUCAACUGGUGAGCCAGGUCAAACUGGUGAGCCAGGACUAUCCGGUAUUGCAGGAAAAUCUGGUAUCAGAGGACCACGUGGUGAGCCAGGACCAACUGGUGAGCGCGGAUCAACUGGUGAGCCAGGUCAAACUGGUGAGCCAGGACUAUCCGGUAUUGCAGGAAAAUCUGGUAUCAGAGGACCACGUGGUGAGCAAGGGCCUCAAGGACAACAGGGGCGUAGUUCUUCAGGACCGACAUACAUUCGGUGGGGAAGAACCACUUGCCCAGACCAGGCAGGCACAGAGCUCGUAUAUCAAGGUUAUGGUGCUGGCGCAUUUUAUAACAAAAAGGGAGGAAGCACGGAUCUCUUCUGUCUCCCAACUGAUCCAGAUGUACCUGCUUCAUACAGAGAUGGAAUCCAAUCAGGUACCUCACGCCUAUAUGGAAUGGAAUACCAAGUCGAGAUAGUUGACCCCUUUUCUCAUGAAAAUGCUGAAGUUCUUCACGAUCAUAGCGUGCCGUGUGCAGUGUGUCGUCUCACCAGUCGGGGCACUCAGGUGUUAUUUCCCGCCAAGAAUGAAUGUCCUGGCAACUGGACAAAGGAAUACAAGGGUUACCUCAUGACAGACACCAAUAACCAUGUGAGGCAGCAAGCUGUAUGUUUGGAUGAGGCACCUGAGGUCAUCCCCGGUACUCAGGCCAAUUACAACGGGGCGCUUCUUUACGUGAUGGAAGUUGUAUGCAUUUCCCUCCAGUGCCCUCCGUAUGUUAAUGGUCGUGAAAUACAGUGCACGAUCUGUAGCAUUUGAAUCGGUUUUCAACUAGUGGUUUCAACCCGCCGAUGCCUG